AUGUACGACUGGAAACGAAGCAAACAUGGGAUUCUACAAAACAAAAACUCCUACUGGGGUCGUCCUGGAAAGAGCCCCCUCCACAAGCUGAAAGAUACCAAUUACUACAAGUAUUCCAUGCAGCUCAAUCUGUAUCGCGAGCUCUUGGAGCGCUUCUACGAGUUCAAAGUGAGUAAUAUGUUCAUUGUGCGGUUCCAUCCGAGUUCUGACACAUACGAAAAGGUGAAAGUGGGACGGAUGGAAGCAGAGACAAAUGCACUUUUGGAACAUCGCCAAGCAGAGACGAAUGCACUUUUGGAACAACGUCAUGACGAUUUGGACGGAGAAGAAGCUUUGGUCGCUGGUGUCCUGGCUCUCAACAUUUGA